AGUUCCAUCAUCGACAGGAUCACACAGCAACCAUGAGGUCUCUGGUCUUCGUUCUGCUCAUCGGAGCUGCUUUUGCUACCGAGGAUGACAAGAUUGUCGGAGGGUAUGAGUGCACACCCUACUCCCAGGCCCAUCAGGUGUCUCUGAACUCUGGCUACCACUUCUGUGGUGGCUCCCUGGUCAACGAGAACUGGGUUGUGUCUGCUGCUCACUGCUACAAAUCCCGUGUGGAGGUGCGUAUGGGAGAGCAUAACAUCAAGGUCACCGAGGGAAACGAGCAGUUCAUCAGCUCCUCUCGCGUUAUCCGCCACCCCAAAUACAACUCCUACAACAUCGACAAUGACAUCAUGCUGAUCAAGCUGAGCAAGCCCGCCACCCUCAACCAGUACGUGAAGCCUGUGGCUCUGCCCACCAGCUGUGCCCCCGCUGGCACCAUGUGCAAAGUCUCCGGCUGGGGCAACACCAUGAGCUCCACUGCUGACGGUAACAAGCUGCAGUGCCUGGACAUCCCCAUUCUGUCUAAGAGAGACUGUGAUAACUCCUACCCUGGCAUGAUCACUGAGUCCAUGUUCUGCGCUGGAUACCUGGAGGGAGGCAAAGACUCUUGCCAGGGUGACUCUGGUGGCCCCGUCGUGUGCAACGGUGAGCUGCAGGGUGUUGUGUCCUGGGGCUACGGAUGUGCUCAGAAGAACAACCCUGGUGUCUACGCCAAGGUCUGCCUCUUCAACGAAUGGCUGGAGACCACCAUGGCCACCUAUUAAGCCUGAUCCUGCGAUCACCAUGCUCACUCCAUCGUUCUAACUUCACUAUUGUCUAGUUUUGAAUAAUGUGCAGCCAUUUUCCAUCGAGUCAAUAAAGUCUUACACCUUGACUUUCAAA